AUGGAUCUGACUGACAAGACAAAAUCCCACAGGUACCGUGACGAUGACGACCCAGAAUGGAUGGUCGAAUUCGCCAAACGUGACUCGCGACGGGCCAUAACGGAGAAGAGACAAGAGUUUGAAACCAGACUCGCAAAAGUCAAACAAGAGGAAGACCGUCUGAAACAGGCCCAGGGAAGUCAGGAACGACCUCGGAAAAAACAGCGAGUGGCUGAGCCAGAGUCGCUGGGGGAGCUCGAUGACGACAGUCAAUUUGUUCUCGAUGAUUAUGAUAGCGAAACGGACCAAAAGAAGAAGCCGAGUGACUCAGGCGGGGUUGAUGGCUUGUCUGCCAGCACGCUAGCUUUAUUAGAGCGAUUCAAGGGAAAGUUCUCCUCUCAGGGGCAGGAAGAUGAGGAAGAUGACUCAGUCAAGAUCUUCUACUGCUCUAGAACGCACUCGCAGUUGAGCCAAUUUGCUGGUGAGCUGCGGCGGGUUGCAUUUCCAUCGAGUAUACCCAACGUGCCCGAUUCGGACCAAGACGGUCUGUCCAAGCUGGAAGAGCGGAUCAAACACCUUUCGCUGGGAUCUCGAAAGAAUUUGUGUGUAAAUCCCAAGGUCCAAGCACUGGAUAACAGCACUGCAAUCAAUGAGCGGUGUUUAGAGCUGCAGCAGUCCGGUGUUGCUGCAGACAAGAAAUGUACCUAUCUCCCCAAGGAUGAUGACGCCUUGAAACUUCAGUUCCGAGACCAUGUAUUGGCGACAGUCAAAGACAUCGAAGAUAUUGGCAAAGUGGGAAAGGAGAUUGGCAUUUGCCCGUACUAUGCAUCUCGCGAGGUCAUUAAACACAGCGAGAUUGUGACACUGCCAUACCCUUUGCUGCUUCAAAGGUCUGCUCGCGAAGCCCUCAACCUGUCCGUGAAGGGCCAUGUGGUUAUCAUAGACGAGGCUCACAACCUCAUGGAUGCAAUCGCUGGCAUUCACUCGGUGACAGUCUCUUUGUGCCAAUUACAAACCGCAAUCUCGCAAUUGACCAUAUAUGCGCGCAAAUUUAAGACUCGCCUGAAAGGCAAAAACCGGAGUUAUGUUGCUCAGGUGAUCCGGCUGGUCAGUUCCAUUGCUAGUCAUCUCCGAUCAGUUUCUGAGCGAAAUGGCCCGUCAGAGGGUUCUGUUCAGUUUUCGGAUCUCAUGGCAGGCAAAGGAGUUGAUCAGAUCAACCCUUACAAGCUGUCUCGAUACUUGCAAGAGAGCAAGUUGGCUCGCAAGGUAGAUGGGUAUGUCGAAUCUUCAGAGAAAUCUCUACCAAGCCAGAAAAGCAAAACGACCACGCCCGUCCUCUUCCAUAUUCAGAGUUUUCUACUACCUUUAAUGAACCCCUCAGAAGAGGGUAGGCUUUUUUAUCAGAAGAAUCACGAUGAUCUAGUGUUGAAAUACAUGCUUCUUGACCCUACAAAUCAUUUCAGAGAGAUUGUUGAAGAUGCUCGAGCAGUCAUACUUGCAGGUGGAACAAUGUCUCCGAUGUCAGACUAUGCAAACCAUUUGUUCUCAUACGUCGCACCCGAGCGACUUGAUACGUUCACUUAUGGUCACGUCAUUCCGAAUACCAACUUGGUGGCGCAAUCACUAACCCGGGGGAUCCUGGGCUCGGAUUUUGACUUCACAUACGAGGCGCGUGGAUCUGAAAAGAUGAUCACAGACCUGGGACGAACUAUAGCCACACUAUGUCAAGCUAUUCCUGAUGGAGUCGUCGCAUUUUUCCCGAGUUACGACUACCUCAGCCAGGUCUUGAGCGUUUGGCAAAAGCCGAUUGCCAAUGGCAAUGGCCAAACGACCCUUAGCCUGAUCGAGCGGAAGAAGAAGAUUCUUUACGAAUCCCGUGAAGCAGUAAAAACCACUGAUACAUUGCUACAGGAGUACACCGAAGCUGUUGAAUCGGGAUCCGGAGCGUUGUUAUUAUCAGUGGUUGGUGGAAAGUUGUCAGAGGGUAUCAAUUUUUCUGACCGACUGGGACGAGCUGUGUUGAUUAUUGGUUUACCUUUUCCCAAUAUCCGCAGUGCAGUCUGGCAAGCAAAGAUCAAGUACAUUGAGGAGAAGACCUAUAAACAUGGCUCGGGGUCGGAAUCCGAAAAGAAGGCCAACGCCUUGGCCGCGGGUAGAGACUUUUAUGAAAAUUCCUGCAUGCGGGCCGUCAAUCAAUGCAUUGGACGAGCAAUUAGACAUGUAAAUGACUAUGCAGCCAUUAUCAUGCUUGAUCAACGGUAUGAUACGCCACGUAUUCAAAAGAAGCUGCCAGGCUGGAUCCAGGGAAGUCUGGUAGCCUCUUCAUCCGCACGACCAGCCCAAGUGACAGUGCAGCGACUGUCCAAGUUUUUUGCAGAAAAGUCAUAG